CCUAUCCGCCCGACUCUCGUCCCCGGGGCUCCAAUCAGCGAAGUCGUCUGUCUCGCUCGCAGCGCUCCCGUCAAGGCGAUCUCUUCUAUUCUCCAUUCUUCUCCUCCGAUCUCUCUACGCCAGAGCCCGCCCAGUUAACCAGAUUCCCAGCUCACCCGAAAUCCAAAUCCCAAACCCUAUUUAUACCCUCCACGCCAGCAUCCAUCCAGGCGAAGUAGUCCGUCGAGGAGUGGAGUAGGGAGAGCAGGGGUUGGUGACAGCUAACUGCGGCGAUGGCCUCCGCCAACUACCUCCCGGUGCUCGUCCUGCUGCUCUCUGCUUCUGCUGCUGCUGCUGCGGCGGCGGCUACGGGUGUCGAGCGGGAGGGGAACCUGUCGGCGGCCUACGAGCCGCUGUUCGAGGCGUGGUGCGCGGAGCACGGGAAAGCGUACGCGUCACCGGGGGAGCGCGCGGCGCGGCUCGCGGCCUUCGCCGACAACGCGGCCUUCGUGGCGGCGCACAACGCCGGCGGCGGCGGCGCGGGCGGGUCGAACGCGGCGCCUUCGUACACGCUCGCGCUCAACGCGUUCGCCGACCUCACCCACGCCGAGUUCCGCGCCGCGCGCCUCGGCCGCCUCGCUGUCGGAGGGGCGCGCGCGCCGCCGUCGGAGGGGGGAUUUGCCGGCAGCGUCGGCGUCGGAGCCGUGCCCGAGGCGUUGGACUGGAGGCAGAGCGGCGCGGUCACCAAGGUCAAGGACCAGGGCAGCUGCGGUGCUUGCUGGAGCUUCUCAGCUACAGGUGCCAUCGAAGGCAUAAACAAGAUCAAGACGGGCUCUCUCAUCAGCCUUUCUGAACAGGAACUAAUUGACUGUGACAGAUCCUACAAUGCUGGCUGUGGCGGUGGGCUCAUGGACUAUGCUUAUAGGUUUGUGAUUAAAAAUGGUGGAAUUGACACGGAGGAUGAUUACCCAUAUCGUGAAGCAGAUGGAACAUGUAACAAAAACAAAUUAAAGAGGCAUGUGGUAACAAUUGAUGGCUACAGUGAUGUACCUGCUAAUAAGGAAGACUCGUUACUCCAGGCUGUUGCCCAGCAACCUAUUAGUGUUGGAAUAUGUGGCAGCGCUAGAGCCUUUCAGCUAUAUUCUCAGGGUAUCUUCGAUGGUCCAUGCCCAACAUCUCUUGAUCAUGCAGUGCUAAUUGUGGGAUAUGGUUCUGAAGGUGGCAAGGAUUAUUGGAUUGUGAAAAAUUCUUGGGGUGAAAGAUGGGGAAUGAAGGGCUAUAUGCAUAUGCACCGAAAUACUGGCUCGUCCUCAGGUAUCUGUGGUAUAAACAUGAUGGCGUCGUUCCCAACAAAAACAAGCCCGAACCCCCCUCCUUCACCAGGCCCUGGUCCAACCAAAUGCAGCGCUUUUACUUCCUGCCCUGAAGGAUCCACCUGUUGUUGCUCCUGGCGUGCAUUGGGAUUUUGCCUUUCUUGGAGCUGUUGUGAACUGGAUAACGCAGUUUGCUGCAAGGAUAACCGUUCUUGUUGCCCCCAUGACUACCCUAUAUGUGACACAGAUAGGGGACGGUGCUUGAAGGCUAACGGCAACAUCUCCAGUGUGGUGGGGGUUAAGAGGAAGCAAGCUUUCUCCAAGGUUCCUUAUUGGAAUGGUUUGUUGGAACUUCUCGAUAGCGGCAAUGGAAAGAGCCCCAUAGUGGUUGGGCCUUGGGGAGGCACAGGAGGAUACCCUUGGGAUGACGGUGUGUACACGACGAUACGCCAGUUUGUGAUCACCCACGGAGCAGCUAUCGACUCCAUCAGAAUCGAGUAUGACCUGAAGGGAAACUCAGUCUGGUCAAAGACGCAUGGGAGUAAUGAUGAAGGGUCAGAAAUAGAUAAGGUGAAACUAGAUUUUCCUGAAGAAAUUCUUGUGUCUGUAAGUGGCCACUAUGGAUCAGUCUGCGGGACUCCAGUUAUCAUAAGAUCACUGACAUUUCAGAGCAACCAUACCAAGUAUGGGCCUUUUGGAACUGAAGAUGGGACACCUUUCUCACUUCCAGUGAGUAGUGGCAAGAUUAUUGGUUUUCAUGGAAGAUCCGGGUCGUAUCUUAGCUCAAUAGGCUUUUACCUGAAGCAAGUGCAUGUUCCAAAUGCCUCAAGUUAUCCAUCCUCACCUCAAAGUCAAAGGCUCCCAGCUGCAUAUAAAAAUGGUUAUAGUGUGGCUGAGAGCGGUCUUGAACAUGACAUGGUCCUUGCUGUGCGAGAUAGAGGUGACAGCUAUGCCGUUUAUUCUAGCAAUUACCCUAAGCAGCAGUAUACAAAUCCAUCUCCAUACUACAAUGAUGGGGCUCUCUGGAAUAAGAUGGUUUCUUUUCCUAGUUCAUACAGAGAGAGGGGGUCCGCAACAAUGAACAGCCAUGACACACAUGGCCCCUGGGGUGGAAGUGGCGGCACCAUCUUUGACGAUGGCAUAUACACCGGUGUGUGGCAGAUCAAUUUGACACGAGCGGUGGGUGUUACUUCUAUGAAGGUAUUGUACGAUCGACACGGGCAGGCGGUAUGGGGCAACAAACAUGGAUUCAGUGGAGGUGUUCCGGCCGACAAGAUAGCGUUCGAUUUUCCAUCAGAGAUCUUGACUCACAUAACUGGGUUCUACGGUCCAACAAUGAUCAUGGGCCCAACGGUGGUCAGAUCGCUUACGUUCCACACAAACAAGCGGAGAUAUGGACCUUACGGGGACGAAUACGGCACAUACUUCUCCACAAGCUUUACCAAUGGGAGAAUAGUAGGAUUCCAUGGCAGGGAUGGCUGGUACAUUGACGGCAUCGGCGUUCAUGUCCAGGAGGGCAAGGUGGCAGCACACAGAGCCAGUAGGAGGGUGACCGGAACAAGCCCGUCUUCUUCGCCCUACAACAUGGUUGCACAAGCACCGAGCGAUAUUGACGAAGAGGUUCCUUAUAGUGUCAUGGUGAAAGAGCCCGUUCCGAUGGGGCCGGGGCCGUGGGGCGGGGAAGGAGGCAUGCCGUGGGACGACGGCGUUUACACCGGCGUGAAGCAGGUCUACGUCACGCGGGGCGCCUUCAUCGGGUCGAUACAGAUCCAGUACGAGCGCAGAGACCAGCAGUCGGUGUGGUCGGCGAGGCACGGCACCAGCGGCCACAUCACGCACAGGGUGAAGCUGGACAGCCCCCACGAGGUGCUGACGAGCGUGCGAGGGUACUACAACACCGGUGGGGAAGAUGGCGGGCCGCGGGUGCUGCGGUCCAUCACGUUUGUGAGUAACAGGGGAAGGUAUGGGCCGUUUGGGGAUGAAGUUGGUGUGUACUUCUCGUCGCCGGCGACAGUGGAAGGGAAGGUGGUGGGGUUCCAUGGCCGGAGCGGGCAGUAUCUGGACGCCAUCGGGCUGCACAUGCAGCACUGGCUUGGGGACGCCCGGGGCCCCGCGCCGAAGUACGUCCUCUCCAAGUACCUCUUCUGAUGAUCUUAUCUCAUCCGGGACGCGUAGUUGGAGUUAGGAGGCUAUAUGAGAUUCGAUUGGUUUUGAGAUUGGAUUUCUUUUUCACGCUGCGAAAGCCAGAAGAUAUAUUUAGUUCCUUCUUUUUUUAUCCUUAUUAUCAAAGAAAAAUGUGGUGUUGCACCGAUGAUCUGAAUGCCUCUACGCAAAUCUUGAGCUAUUCGUUGGCUGGCUGUUGUGUGCAUUUGCCGACGUGUUUGAAUCAGGCCCUUGCACUGGCCGCACAGCUAGGAUGGUUUCAUGGAGAAAAUUCCAUAUGUACCA